AUGACCUCUCCUCGCAGCCAGCUGGGGCGGGGCAGUCCCUCUCAGGAGAUCCCCAUCCGUUCCCCACUGCCCCCCAGUCCAGGAAUUCCCAGCCGUGCCCCUGCUGAUGGGGAACAGCAGCAGUGGGAGAGCCCAGGGUCCCCAUCAUGUGUGCCCCCCUGGGGGUUGUCUGACGACCACUCAGCCCUUCCCCACCUGUCCCCUCAGGUCUUUGCCUUGAUCGUGUUCUCGUGCAUUUUCGGCGAGGGCUACGUCAAUAACCACCGCUCCGAACAGAAAUACUGCGUUUUCAACCGCAACGAGGAUGCAUGCGGCUAUGGCAGCGCCAUCGGGGUGCUGGCCUUCCUGGCCUCGGCCUUCUUCCUCGUGGUUGACGUCUAUUUCCCCCAGAUCAGCAAUGCCACUGACCGCAAAUACCUGGUCAUCGGCGACCUGCUCUUCUCAGCUCUCUGGACCUUCCUGUGGUUCGUUGGUUUCUGCUUCCUUACCAACCAGUGGGCAGCCACCAAGGAGGAAGAUGUGCUCAUGGGGGCCGACUCAGCCCGGGCAGCCAUCACCUUCAGCUUCUUCUCCAUCUUCUCCUGGGGUGCACUGGCCUCCCUGGCCUACCAGCGCUACAAGGCCGGAGUGGACGACUUCAUCCAAAACUACGUAGAUCCCACCCCAGACCCCAGCACGGCCUAUGCCUCCUACCCUGGCGCGUCUGUGGACAAUUACCAACAGCCACCCUUCACCCAGAACGCCGAGACCGCUGAGGGCUACCAGCCGCCCCCUGUAUACUGAGCUGCAGUCGGGGAUGGUAAGGGAGCCAGAGAGGGUGCUCGGGGGGCCUCCCCCCUAACCCGGACUCCUCCCAUGAGCCUUGCCUCCUGGAGCUGUGGCCUCCUCAUCCUGUCCAGUGCCUGUCGGAGCCCCCGCACAGCCUGGGGAGCCCCUGCUCCCCUCCCCCACCCUGGGCUGCUGGCGUGGAGCCCCGGCCAGAAGUGCCUCUGCCCCACGGCCUUCACCCACCACUCCUCAAGGGCAUUUUUUAGAAAAGGGUUUUUAGCCAGAUGUGUUUUGUUACUGCUUUUAAUGAUCUCCACCCCCACCCGAAAGAGCUAGAUGUGCCCGACAUGCUGUUUUGACAAGUGCCUUAGCUUCUGUCCUGCCCAAAGGAGCCAGGCUCAGGUCCAGGCCGUGGUAGCCGCAGUUACUUGGGGUUCUGUGCCAAAGAUGAGGCUGCAAGCCUUCCACCUGCACUGCGGCUGGUGCUGGGCCGGGGCCCCCUUUCCUGCUCACUCAGGUUUGUUUCCCACCUCCUGGCGCUACCGUGCCUGCAGCCCCGUGCCUGCCCUGGGAGCUGGCAGCCCUGUGCUCACUGCUGUCAUGUCUGCUCACUCUUGGAUCUGGGGUCCCUACCCUGUGCCUGUGCCUCUGGGCUGCUCUCCUGACAGCAGGCUGGGCUGGGCGGUGCUCGCGGCAGGGGGCACGGGGUAGCACUCCCUUCUCCUUGUUCUCACCCCUUGGCAACAGGGAGGGGCUUUGCCUGACCAGAAACACCCAGCUUUAUGUAAAUAUUCUGCCACUGUUAGGUGUGGGGUGCACCCACAGCCCCUGGGCUGUUCUGAAUGUAUUAAGGAGCCUUGGGGAUAAGAUGCACAGAUCCUUGGUUCUAGCAGGCAGAUUCCAAGACAGAAUAAAUGUUUUUCUUGCUCAUAA